UUGGCCAUAUGCGUUAAUUAUGUAGCCCGGCUCAAUGUCAGUGUUGCCCUGGUGGCCAUGACGGAUGCGGCCACUUCCAAUCCUGACUUUCCGGAAUACAACUGGACAGAGGCACAACGUUCCUAUAUUCUUUCCAGCUUCUAUUGGGGCUAUAUUAUCACCCAGUUUCCGGCUGGAUUUUUGGUGCGUCGUUUUGGCGCCAAAAUCGUGCUGUUUAUACCAACAUUUGCCACCGCCAUCUUGAGUGCACUGACACCUUAUUCUAUCAGCUGGGGUGGCUGGGUGGCAUUUAGCGUACUACGUGUUGUAAUGGGAUUAUUUCAGGGUCUAAUAUUUCCCUGCAUACAUGAACAUCUGGCCAAAUGGUCACCGCCCAAAGAUCGCAAUCGCUUGGGAGUUUUCGCCUACUCGGGCUCCGAUUGUGGCUCUGUGAUGGCAAUGGGAAUUAGUGGACUGAUAGCAAAUAGUUCCAUGGGCUGGCCGGGUAUAUCGUAUGUGUCGGCGGGAUUAUGUGGCAUCUGGUGUCUACUCUGGCUGCUCUUCUCGGCCAACAAUGCGCCCAGCUCCCGGCUGGUUGGCCAAAACGAACGUGAUUACAUUGAGCGUUCGAUGAAGCGAGAAGAUGGAUUCCAUGUACAG